AUGCAGAGGACAGAUAGAGGUAGAGGUGGUGGUCGUAGAACAUUUAAUCGUGGUAGAAGACGUGGUCAUAGUUUGGGAGCUCCAAUUACCACCAACCCUUCCACCUCAUCCAUUCAUAUAUCAACCUCAGAGUCGAUGAUUCAUGUCGUUGCACCGACUCCAAACACACUUCCUACAGCUCAAGACCAACCAAAUCCUACCUUUAUAAGGGAGUCAAUUUCCACUACCCCUGUUAGAGAUGCUUCACCUUCAGCACCAGAUGAUUCUCUUACACUUGAGUACCCAUUAGAUCCAAAUUGUGAACAUAUUGUUGAUCAGAGGCCUUUCAUUUGUGCAUAUAAAGGAGAGUUUCAACCAACAUAUGGGUGUUCUAAUAUCAUAUCAAAUAUCAUUAGAGCAAAAUUUGAUGAACCAGCUGCAAGUUGGUUGAAGGUGUCAGUUGACCUUCGCGAUAGGUGGUUUGGAGAGUUUAAGGUGGCACCACAAGAAGAGCAGACCAUUAGAGCUGUUUUUGAGAUAAAAGGUUCACGUAUUUUGAAAAGUGCAAUGAACAAGAUCAGAAAUGGUCAAGAUAAAGGAAAGUGGAUAAUAUCCAAUGUUACAGCAGCCUUGGAUGAACAUUGGGGUUCUACAGAUUUCCAAAACAAGAGUUCCACUUCCAAGGCGAAUCAAUCUGUUGAUAGAGGAGCCUCAGUAUACUGUGGUGGUUCCAUAUCUACUGCAGCUCACUUUGAAAAGCUGUCAAAGGAGUUUCAAAGACCACCAACUGCUUGGGAGGUGAUGGAGAAAACUAAAAAAUUGAAGUCGGGAGAAUGGGUCAAUGACAAGUCCCGCGAAUUUGCUGAGAAAUAUCAACAUCGUCGAGAUGAAAUUUUACAACAUUCGACAAAGGAAGACAGAUCUACACAGGAUUCCCCUAACACUGUCACUUCUAUUAAUGAUAAUGAAAUAUAUUUGAAUGUUGUUGGAGGUCCAAAUUACAAGGGUAACAUGUACGGGCUAGGUACUUUGAGCAAAAGGUUUAGUUGCUCAAAAUCAGCUCCAUCUACUUCUAUUACUGUUGUGAAAGACCAAAUAAAGGAAAUGCGUGAGACAAUUAAUAAAUUGAAUGUUGAGCUUUUGACAAAGGCAAAUAAGGAGAAGACACUUGAGGAAAAGAUGUUGCAGCUAAUGGAGAAUCAUGACCACCAAAGUCAGGAGAUGCGACAACAGAUGCAAGAACAAAAUAAGCAAAUGCAACGUAUACUUACAACACUUGCAUAUUCAGUCUAUCAUGCCAGCUCGUAG